AUGGCACCUUACCUCGAGACGGUCAAAUCCUUCGCUGAUGUCCCAGUAACCGACGCUGGCGUCGACACUGUUGCAUUCUUGGAGGCGUCUAAAGGCCUUGUGGGCCUUUUUGAUAUCCUCGGUUCAGCUGCAUUCACCAUGGUGGUCAGUGACCUGAAUGGCAACAUCGCAAAAGUAAAGGCUCGGUACGACGCUGCACCCACGCUCUCCGGAACACUCGAGCAGCUCGUCGAGAACGAGAAGAAAGAGAAGAAACAACCCGCGACAGAAGGAUUGAUGUGGCUUCUCCGCGGCCUCAUCUUCACCUGCAAGGCCCUGCAGACCACCCAGGCCGAUAAAUCGACCGAACUUGCUGCCGCGUUCAGCGCCGCGUACGAGGGCACGCUGAAACAAUUCCACAACUUCGUGGUCAAGGGAGCAUUCGCGGUUGCCAUGAAGGCAUGCCCAUACCGCGCGGGAUUCUAUGAGAAGCUCGCUGCUGACCCCUCCGGCGGUGCCCCUGCCCUCCAAGAUAAUGUGGACACCCAAUUGGACAGCUGGCUCGCUGCCCUUCAAUCUAUUGUCACUCGCAUGGACGCCUUCUACAAGAAAGGCGGUUACGGCAAAGUUCUGUAG